UGUAUUCGUGAUCGAUGCCUCUAUAAGUGCGAAGAGCUUUUACCCGAUAGUGAGCUUUUGCAGUGUAAGAGUGACGCUUUUUCCUACGUGACUCUCCCGUCUGCAUUUACCAUGACGGCAGCUUUUCGCAAGCGACUGCACCCGAAGCUCGUCGACGCGGCGAAGCAAUAGCUGGCGCGAGUUCGCGGGCCCGUCGAGCCGGGCGCGCCAGUAGUCAAGCGUCAAGGUCCUAAGUCGCGGAUCGUACUGUCACCCUGUCAACUUAUCUUUUCCGAUGUGUGUGAAUUAACCGAAGUCGUGAGUUCAGUUAUGUGUUCUAGUUUUAAAAAGUAAUUAAAGUAAUCAGUAGAAAUCAAAAAGUGAGAAACGAAAAGUGCUACGAAUCAUAAGUGACGAUCAGUGCUGACAACGCAUUUCCGCGGAUCAUGGAAAUCAGAUACCGGAAGCGGCAGAAUCACGAUACCACCACAUAAAAACAAUAAACAGAGCAGUAGGAGCUGAGUCGAAAUUGCGUGCAUGCCAAUAUCAGCCGGCUUACUUCUAUUAGCCGGCAAGAACGAUGACGGAGAUCGCGUUUGGACGACGCCGCCGCUUUUGUUGAGCGGCGUCAGGAAUUAUCGAGCACGUCGUAGCGUCCGCUACAUGGAUCGUCAUGGCGGCCCGACGGCAGUGCCGCCCCCACGGCCACCUCCAAAACUUCUGCCGCGUGUACAUCAACCACGACAUCAGCAGCCGCCGGCGACACCGCCGCGUAUGAGCGGCACGGCGAGCAACACGGCCGUGGUGGCUCCGGCACGAACGACGCCAUCGCCCGCAGCCGCCUUCACGCUGGCUCAGCCGCGACCCGAAAAUGAACGCUCCCUCAACGAGUACGUCGAUGCACCGGUGGCACGAGCCGCUGCCACCACGACGCACCAGCACAACCAGCAUGCGACCGCGGUUACGAAGCAGCCGCAGAGCAUCAACAAGCAUAGUGCGGCGUCCGUGCUGGCCACUGCCGGCAACGGCGGAUCGCCGAAUCAACCCUCGAACACGUUGCCGAUUGGCACGAAUCUAGUAUCUUCGCUGACCCAGCCGAUUAUUUGUCCUGCUUGCGGUCGCUGUAGAUGCGAGCAAUGUGCGGCGCCGCGACCGCUGCCACAAGCGUGGCUAUGCGGAGACUCUUGUUUGUGCAGCGCGGAAACUGUUAUAGACUAUGUGACGUGUCUGUGUUGUGUGAAGGCGUUGUAUUAUCAUUGUGCAAAGGACAGGGAGUUGGAUCGGGAUGGAGAUGGCACGACUUGUGCGGACGCGCCUUGCAGUUGUGUUCCUCAUCGUCGUGUGGCACGAUGGGGAUGCAUGGUCGCAUUGGCAUCCGUUUUGCCAUGCCUGUGCCUAUAUUGGCCGUUUCGCGGCUGCCAAUCCCUAUGUGCGGCAGCGUACGCGAGGCAUUCGAGGCGAAGAGGUUGCAGGUGCCGAAGUACGGCAAGCAGUCCGGGCGCGGGUAGGGACGAGAAACGAUUAUUAGAUGCACCUACUCCACCGCCGCCCGACUCGUUUUGCUAAUCUGCUAGGGUCAUGUGUGUGUCAGUUUAGAAUGAACAUUAUAAAAACAAUUUUUAAAGUUUUUUUUACAAUGAACGAUAUGUGUAAGUCGCGCAGUGUUAUUGCGAGGAGUUACCUCAUUACUAAUAUGAAUACGUUACAUUCUGUUCCUCACUCGUUUAACGGGGUGUGCCUGUUAAAUCUUUGAAACGGCAUAUGCACGUAUCAUAAAUCACUAUUAAUGAGUUACUAAUUUAAUUAAGUGCUUGUGCAUAUUUGAAAAUUAUAUAUAAUAUAAAACGAAACCUGUCAAAGAUAUAGCGAUUGAAUUGUUGCAGAAAUGCAAAUUAAAACAAAUAUGUAUACAUUUAAUAAAUCUGCAAAUUAUUUUAUUUAUUGAUAUAUUCUCCAACGCCUUAUUUAGAGCGCGUAGUAAAGAGAAAUUACUAUUUUAUUUUUCUAUGAGUAAUUUAUAUGUAUGUUAGAGCGAAAGGCGGUAUAUGUAUCCAUUGUAAUUGUGUCCAAAGAUGUUUCAUCGAUAUUACCUCGAUUUUUGAAUGACGUCAAUACUAGUCAAGCAUCGCGUUCGCUUUAUAAACUGUCGCACUUAGAUAAAAAAAAAGAUUAAUUUUAAUGUAACCCUCUUUGACUUGAAAUGCUUAUAAUAGAUUUGGCAAAGGCGUCAAUCAAAAACUCGUAGGAUAAGAAAAUGUGUUCGAUUUUAUUCGAUUGGAGUUACUAAAUAUUUGUAUUAAUUCGGCUUGAAUCAUUAACUUAGUAGAUUUUCCAUAUAUUAUUUAAUUGAAAUUCUACUUUUAAUCAAGCAAGUUAUGAAAUGCCAAAAACAAAUCGAGAAAGUGAGUGGUCCGAUGUCACUGGUACAAAUGUAAAUGUGCUCUAUGUUUAUUCAUGUAUUACUGUACCAUCAUCAACAACCCACACACUUUCUCUGAAGUUCGAACACGUUUUCCACAGUCGAUGAAAUGGAACUCAUUCUCCGAUUAUGCCGAACGCUCGCCGAUUCAAUAUCCUUUCUCACUCUACCUAAUUUCAUACAAUUUAUUUUUAGAAAUACGCAUUACAUAAUAACCGAGUCAAAUGAGCUCGGUCGAUUUCGCAUUCCAUACUAUUAUCAUAACUUUUUUUAAAAAAAGUUUUUUGUUUGUUUUUUUAUAUCUUUUUGUUUUCGGGUAACAUCGCUGCAGACGCUUGGCUUCUGCAAUGUGAAAUAUUAUUGGUGCUCAUACAGCACGGAACUUGAACCUUUGGACAAUAUCGAUAACUGAGUUAAUUUAGGAUAUUAUUUAUUUAUUGGGCCAAAAUAUUAUUGGCUGUUAUGAAUGUUUGAAAUUAACUUGCCCUUUAAUAAACUUCCAAAUGCGAAUAGUCAAGCAUAGUAUUAAUUACCAUAUGACAUGAAUGUUAAAGUAAAAGAAUUUAAAUUAUAUUGAUGAUGUAUCGUUUAUACGUGUCUCAAUGUGAACAAGGGCAAUUGAUUUGAUACAAUCACACAGCCAAUUGCUUGCUACCGUACUCGUUAUUAUAUGUAAUAUAUUUUUGAUUAGGUGGUUAUAUCAGUUCUGGAUAUUGUCCGUUGGUUUUGUAUGUUAACGUUCUAGAGUCCGUUCUUAAAAACGAAGUCAAUCUGAUUUAGGCGAUGACAAAUUCAAUACGAAUCCAUUAUAUGUGCAAUGGAGAUUGCUGAUUUGUUCAAUGCACUCUAUUGUUUCAUAUAAUUGAUCCGUGUUGAAUUGGUUUUAUAUAUAUUGUAGUUAGGUCGAGGUUUGUUGAGGUGACUUCCAGUAUUAUCUAGUCUGUUGCGCGCAUUGAAUAAAUUUGCAAUACCGCAACGCGGUGCGAUACCCUAGCGGUAAUAACACUAAUUUAUGUUUAUAGCUUUCUAUAUUUUGUUUAUAUUUUUAUAUUUAUACACGAAAAUCGAUGAAUAGUGACGGCCAAGUGGUGAAAAACGAAUCGAUUUCUGCGAUUCGUUUGUUAGUCUGUUGGUAUCGCAAAGUGUUAUGGAUGAAAUUUAUUGAUUGUUUUUAACAAUUUUUAUAUAUAUAAAUAAAAUUUGUAUAAAUAUAAUAAACGCUAAUGAAAAAUACUGAAAAACUGAGAUAUAUUUUAUUUCAAACUUAAUCCAAAACUAAAAUCUGAAAUGCUGUAAAUAAGGAGUUAGGUAUUAAAAAUUAUAUAAUGUAAUGUUACUUAUCCAAACUUCAGCCGUGCUAACAAUAGGUCCUUAUGUCAUUUAAAGAGGAACGGCUCAUUCAUUCUCUAUCGAAAUUAAAUAUUCUAUGUCAGAAAUUAAAUUAAAAUUACUUGUUCGCUGUACUGUAAUUCAUUAUUAUCUACUCGAAAUAGACAAGAAAAAUUAGAGAAGCAAAAAUUGUCACUGUACCUAAAUAAUAGAUGAAAACCUGUAUAUGUAAAAAUUAAUAAUUUAAUAAGUUAAUAAUGAUUAAUUGA